AUGAAUUUAGUCAAAAAAGUUAGACCAGAAAUUCAUAUACAACCUAUUCCAAGACCAUCUCCUUCGGUGUCAACUUUUUUCCCUGUCAAAGAUUUGAUACCCAAGGAUUUACAAUCACAUAUUGUAUAUCAAUUAAAUUGUUUAGAUUGUGAAGCUUCGUACAUUGGGAAGACUAUCAGACAAAUAAAAAGAAGAUUAAAAGAACAUGGGGCGCCUCAACCAAUCAAACAGUCAUCUCUGUCUCAUUUAUCGAUAGAUACACCUACUUCAACACAAGAAGUUAGACGGUCGGCUAGAAAUACAAGAAAAAAGGUAAAUUAUAAAGAAAUGAAUUCACCGUCAAAUUUGGAUCAUGAGGACAUUGAUUUGGGAGUAACGACAACAAACUCAGCAUUACGUAAACAUGAAUUAGAAACUAAACAUACAAUAGAUUGGUUGUCGUUGAAAAUUCUAGCGAAAGAUAACGCAAAGUAUAUAUCAUCGACAGGUCAUUGUUUUGAUAUUGGUAAUGCAACUAGGGAAUCAUUACAAAACUUUAUCAUUAAACAAAAAGAGUUUGGAAAAACACAUAAAAUAUCCUAUGAACAAAUGGAUUCAUUAAGUGCUGAAAACUCAGAACGAUUUAAAGAUGAACAGUCAACAUCAUGUAGCCGCGAAGGCGUUGCCGGUAGUGGUCCAUUAAUGCGUUUAGCCCCGAUACCGUUGUUUUUCUAUCGUUCUCCCUCUCAUGCUAUUCGUUAUGCAGGCGAAUCAGCUAUUCUCACUCAUAGAGACGAUCGUGCCAGAGAUGCUUGUCGUUAUUAUGCUGCAUUAAUAGCCGGUGCAUUACAGGGCUAUUCAAAAACUGAUUUAUUAGACAAGAAGUUUUAUCUCAGUCGUAAGAAUGAAAAGUGGUUUGGUGAGGGUGACGAAGCUGAAUUACAUUCAGACAUUCAAAAGAUAGCUAAAGCGUUAGAAGCUGCACUAUGGGCAUUUUGGUGCGAUGAUGGUUCCUUUAAAAAAGGUGCAUUACAAGUGGUUAAUUUGGGAGAUGACACAAGUACAACUGCUGCUAUUUACGGUCAGCUAGCUGGAGCAUAUUACGGCAUACAUGCACUUCCAGAUGAAUGGUCAAAAGUAGUACAUGCCAGAGAGUUCAUAUUAUGUUUAAGUGAGUGGUUAAUGCAUGAAGGAUAUAAAUGGCACGAACUUUGUGAAAUGAAUAAGUCGAAAUAG